AUGUAUAAUCACCGUUUUAGUCCAUGGGUUGGAAAUUGCGUUGGUUUACGAAAUUACCGUUAUUUUUAUUUAUUCCUAUUUUCAUUAUCAAUUCUAUGUGUUUAUAUAUUAGCUUUUAAUAUUAUCAAUAUUGUUUUACGUGCACAAGAUAAACCAUCAUUUGCUGAUGCUAUUCGUGACACGCCAGCAACAGUAGUGCAGGCAUUAAUUUGUUUCUUUUCCAUCUGGUCCGUUGUCGGUCUUUGGGGAUAUCAUACAUAUUUAAUCUGUCGCAGUGUAACAACUAAUGAGGAUAUAAAAGACACAUGGGGUUCAACUCAUCGUGGAGUAACAAUGAAAAACCCUUUUUCAAGAGGAAAUCCAUGUCUGAAUUGUUUUGCUGCAUUAUGUGGACCAUUACCACCAAGUUUUCUCAAUCUUCGAAUGGUCGCUACACCUGAUAAUCACAAUUUUAUGUCCAUGAAUAUGGUUUCCAGUCGAGCAUUCAAUCCUGAUAAUGCUGAUGACAUCUUACGAUACCAAAUUGACGAACCUGGGCACAUGAACAAUUACCAAGUCUAUUCCGCUGUAGAAUAUCCAUAUUCUGAACGUCGACAACAACAACAACAAUCACAAGCACAAUAUCCACCGUGUGAUUAUGUAUAA